AUGCAAAGUAAAUCCCUCCUGAAUGGCGUGAUACUGGGAUGGUUCUUCGCGCUAUGGCUAGGAGCACGUCUAAUCGAUGUGAACGUGCCUAUUACCUCGAUUCCUAGUGACCGCCUGAGGGAUUCCAUAGAUACUGCAGGACUGUACUGUCCAUACUCACUAACGGUGGAACAGUACUGGCGCAAAGGACCAAGGGAGCACGUCACAAUUGAAGGCGGCAAAGGAACGAUAUUUCUGUUCAGAGAGAAAAUAGCGGCGGCCUUCAAGAAUUCCAGAGACGGAGCUAUUGUGGUGCAAUGGUUUCUUCAACAAAUUCGAGUGGAUCAGCUUCUCAUGGAAGUAUUCUUGUGCGAAUAUAUUUGGCUUUCUGUUCUUGGCGCCGCGGUCGCCUGUGCAAUGUCGCGAAUGCUGGUAUUCGAUCCGUUUAUUGUUAUCAGAAAUGCUCCUUUGCAAUACAUUGAAGAGAUGAAGUCGAAUGAAAAUACUUACAUCACUAAUUUGAUGAGGUCA